CACGACCAUCUUCGAUCCUACUUUCCGUCCCUACACACAAAUCACAAAUCUUCAGCGAAGAGACCACCACGACAUCGAUACAAUCGAGACUCGUCCCCAUUCGAAUCACCUAUCAAGACUGACUCCCAGACACGCCGACAAGAUGUUGCUGAAAUCACUCGCCGCCGCCGGCCUGGCGAUUACGGCCACGCAAGCCUUCGUCAUCGUUCCCGAAAUCUCCGACGCCGAUACCGAUAUCGUCAACUCCCUCCCCUUUGAGCAGCCGUCCUCUGAAAUGGGCCUCGCGAGCCACCGCGUCAAGGUUGACUGUCCCGGAUGUCCCUUGACCAUGCGGCACCAUGACGGCCGCUCUCACACAAUGGCCAACAUCGACAACCACCUCGAGCUGACCUUCUCCAUCGACACCGACACUUCCGGCGUCGACCAUCUCCUCGUCAACGACUUUGAGCUCUACCCAAAGCCCGCCUCGUGGUACAAGGCCCUCCGCGCCCCUCAGAUCCCCGACUUCACCGAGGCCGCCACGAAGCACCCUCGCAUCGCCGACCCCAACACUCCACAGCUGGGCUACAGCCUAGGUGUUCGCCCCGUUGCCAAGGACGCCGAGCAGCAGCUUGAGCUUGUCGAGAUUGACCUCCAGAUCAUUGAGGUCGGAAACAGCUUCGUCAGCGAUGUCCCCAACGUCAAUGUCAAGCUUAUUAAGUCCCCCACCGGCAACCUCAUGAUCGCCAACGUCGAGCAGACCGAGACCUCGGUCCCAUCCCACCGUGAGGAGGAGCACGUUGAGGCGCCCGCCGAGGACUGCACCACUUUCUACUGUAGAUGGCGCGCCGCCAUCCUGAACAAGGUGCACCGUAUGAAGCAUUGCGGAGGCCGCAAGAAUCGUGGGGGCAUGCGCGGCCAACAUCGUCACGGCCACCACAACGGCCAGAUUAGACAUCACCACCACACCUGGGGUCAGCUGGCCAAAAACAUUGCAUCCCACAUCCUGCUCCCCGUUCUCAUCGGCAUCGUUGCUGGCGUCAGUGUUAGCAUCAUUGGCAUGAUGGUCGGCACCUUUGUCGUCUGCCUCUGGCGCGUUUUCGUCCGCCGCCAGCCCCCCUUCUCCCGCCGUCACUGCCGUCGCCGUGCACGCAAGUCUGCUCAUCGCGAGUCUGGUGCCGUCGAGGAGAAGUCUGAGCUCAUGGCCGAGACAGAGUCCCUGCCCCCUUACAAGGACGACGAGGAGGAGACCUCCAAGACCGAGACCGCUCAGGUCUAGGGGAACCGAGCCCAAUAUUGAAAAUUGCAAGAAAAAGAAGAUGGAGAGAACAAAAAAAACCUAACCUCCCAAGCGCGAUACUGACCUGAUGAUACCACUUUUCCUUUGACCUUGUUUUUCUGCUUUUUUAUUCACCUCUGGUCACGCCCUGGACAACACCAAGAAAUUCAAAACACCCUACAACAAAACACAGAACACAGAUUGGACAAGAGUGGAAACCACACAACUUAUAAAUAGGCGGCGUUCUCAUGUUCAUUGGGUGGGAUUGGCAAAUCAGAAGGGAUUUAUUUCUUUUUCUUUAGCACUCGUCGACGCAUCACGUUUUGAUGUUUUGACACGCUACGUUUGGAAACUUACGGAACGUGUGCUGGCUGGGUCAUGUCUGAUCAAACGCAAGUAACACGUAACACACUCUCUCUUCCCACCUGAGGGACUGGUUCUGCUAUUGAGACUACGCGAGGACCACAAAGACGCCAGAACGGCAGCAGUUGGGACUAGAUAGUUGUAUCCAUAGGCACCAAAUGCUCACAUUCCUUGAAUCGAGAUUUCC